CCCUACUGUAAAGGCAUUACUUAAACAAAAUGGGGAGAAGAAAGUCUAAAAGGAAACCGCCUCCGAAGAGAAAGAAUAUUGAACCCCUUGAUCAACAAUUUAAUUGCCCAUUUUGCAACCAUGAAAAGUCGUGUGAAGUUAAAAUGGAUAAAGGAAGAAAUACAGCAAGAAUAACUUGUAGGGUGUGCUUGGAGGAUUUUCAGACAGGAAUUAAUUUUCUUUCAGAACCUAUUGAUGUUUACAACGAUUGGGUCGAUGCCUGCGAAACAGCAAAUUAAAUGGAAUUCAUUUUGAUUUAGUUAGUAAGUAAAAUAAAAACAUAAAAUAAAACUAUAUAUGGUAAUAUAUGACAGCGAGAGAAUAACCUCAUGUCUUCCAAUUAAAAGAGCCUAAUAUACUUGUCUUAUUAAAAUAAGGUGGAUAAAAAACGCUUAAAAUUGAGCACAACAUACUGAAAUAUUAACCAAUUUUUGCAUAAAGGAAUCUCAUAUCUUAAACAAAUGGCGACUAACGAAAUUGUAGUGCGUAAGGAAGACAAGGCACAAUCGAUGCGUUUUAAGUUUAAUUUAAAUAUUAAAAUUUGUAAUUGCUUACAAGAGAUUGGCCAUAACUAGACGUGUCCGUGCUGUCGUCACAUUGAAGUUAUCAUCUGGGUUUGGGAGUUUCGGGAAAAAUUAAAAUAUUUCGGAUCCCAUUUCAUGAAGUGUAGCAGCGAACAUAAAAAUGUAAUAGAUAAAUCCCUUUAUUGUUUCAGUGCCAUUCAUCAGAAGCUUAACAAAGCAGACACUCUUGCAAAAUUUCGAGAGUGCUAUGAGUGCAUGCACUCAAGUGCCGCCGUCACUCGCUUUCAGACUGAUUGCAAGUGAAAAAAAAGAAAACAGCAGUUAAUAGAAGUAGGCGAAACACAUCAGAAUAGACAGAUAUGUAUGUACAUAGUACAUUUUGGGAUGUUUGGGGCUUAGAUGAUCGUUUCUUAGCAAAAAAUCGCGAAAUCAGCGUGUCCGUGCUUAUGUUCUUCAAGCGCGGUCUCGAGGAGAACAUUUAGAUGGAUCCCAGUUCUCCAGGCCCAUCUCCCCCAAUAAUUACCAAAUGCUUAGUUACAAUUUAUAAAUUCGCAGUCAAAAAUUAAAAAUCAGUUUCAGUCGCUUUGUUUCUUUUUUUUUGAGCUUUCUGCUUUAUAUUUAAACCAUUUUGGCUUAAAUUUCUUUUAGAAAUCAAACAUACGUAAAUUUUUUUAAGAUAUUAGUUGAAGAAAUUAGUUUUAUAGACUUUUAAUAAUUAGAAAUAAUUUAAUAAUUUGGCUUAAAUUUCUUUUAGAAAUCAAACAUACGUUAAUUUUUAUUAAGAUAUUAGUUAAAGAAAUUAGUUUUAUAAACUUUUAAUAAUUCGAAAUAAUUUAAUGUAUUACAAAAAAUGUUUGUUUAUGUUACAUAGAGAGCAUACACAGUAUCUAUAUUAGCAAUAAUUAAACAAAACUAGAACCUAAAUUAAAGUAUAUACAAAGAAAAAAAUAUUUGAAUCCCACACCAAAUAUAUAAUUUUUCAAAUAAUGACAGCCAUAUACAUAAUUGCUAAUAUAAGCAUAUUAUUAUUCUUAAUCUUUAAGUUUUAUAUUAUUAUUAUUGUGAAAUCCGUUUAAUAAAAUGAAGAUACACCUAAA